CCAAAGUUUUAUAACAAGGUCCUUUCCCUACAACUUACUUUAAAAUCACUUAUCUGAGCACCAUUUUCUCCUCUUUUAUUAAACGUCGCCGACCGUUAAGACAGACGGGCUUCAGGGCGGGGGAACAAGGUCAUGAACUUUCACACUUUUUCUUUUCCUCGUUUUACGAAAAAACAAACAACCAAAGUUGAACAGGAAUUUUAGAUCGUAUUUUCAAGAGCAACAAUCGAGCAGCGAAUCGGGCCGGCUUCUCUUCUACCAUUUCCAGAAAGGGUUUCAAGGUUUUGACGAGAGGAAUUACCAUUGUAGAAGACAGCCAUGGUUUCCAAAAUUUCGGAUGUCUCGAAAUUGUUCGAUCAGUUCAAAUCUGCGUUUAGCAGAAAUGAUUUGCUUACUUGCUCCUCGUUGUUGUCGCAGCUUAAGGUUCUGUUGACAGAGAUUCCAAGCCUUCCUCCCUUGUAUCAAGAAUCACCUACAGCAGUCCAUGAAUUGACUUUAGCAAGGGGUAUUUUUGAGCAUGCUGUUGUCCUUAGCGUAAAAAAUGAAGAUCAGGAGGCUUUUGAGAGGGAUUUUCUACAGCUUAAACCUUAUUACACAGAUACAAGAGGCAUUCUUCUGCCAUCUACUGAGGAGUUCCCAAUUCUGGGGCUUAAUCUACUUCGCCUACUGGUUCAGAACAGGAUUGCUGAAUUUCACACAGAGCUUGAGCUACUGUCACCUGAGGCUCUUGAUAAUGCAUGCAUUAGGCAUGCUGUUGAAUUAGAACAAUCUUUCAUGGAAGGUGCAUAUAACCGUGUUCUAAGUGCAAGACAGGCUGUCCCACAUGAAACCUAUGUAUAUUUCAUGGAUCUUCUUGCUAAGACUGUCAGAGAUGAAAUUGCAGGUUGCAGUGAGAAGGCAUAUGACUAUUUAUCGCUACAACAUGCCAAGCAAAUCUUGAUGUUCACUUCUGAUGAGGAAUUGGAGGAAUAUGUCAGAGAAGAGCAUCCUGAGUGGGAGAUAAGAAAUGACUCUGUAUAUUUUCAAAAGGUGAAAGAGUCUGCUCCAUGUAAAGAAAUCCCUUCAUUGCAGCUCAUAAAUCAAACACUGGGAUAUGCAAGAGAACUGGAACGGAUUGUGUAGGACCAAUCUAAUCAAGCAGUUUAACACAUGGGCUCUUCAUUAUUUAUUUUAAUCGAGUUUUAUAAACGUCGGCAUUUUUAAGAUUUGACAGAAAAAUCACUUGCUUCUUGUGUAAUGAGAUACUGUUUGUAUCUCAAGUUGAUUUACAAUGACAUCUGUUUGAAGCACAGUUCUACCUUUCUGCAAUUUCUUUAAGAGCAUAAUUGUUUUAAAGAAAUUGUGUUCUGAUUAGAUCAUUUUAUAUGCUUAAAACAAGUUUUGUUUAAUUUGAUGGGUAGUGCACAACUCCCAGGUUAUGUCAAUUUUGAUGGAGCUAGAUUGCUUUAACACAGACAAUACUGCUUCUCUAAGAUCAUCGAUGGAUUUCUCUUUUUUAAUGGAAGUUUGAACAAAAUCUCGGUCA